CUUUGAGACUCGCAAGAUCCGACUCGCAAGACCCUACUCGCAAGACUCGACUCGCAAAGCGACCCAAAGACUUUCAGUAGACGGUGCUACCUGGACCUCGGGUCGCCAAGCAUUCGAACGAGAUUUGCUGAUAUCAAGAGGCCGAGGAAGCUCGCCGGCAAUAGCGGUCACUCCUACAUCGGUGGCGUUUCGUCAAACGCGGAAGCAACUACGCCGCAGAAAGAGGAAAACCACGUCUUGAGCGUUUACAAACCCUCUACUAUCUCUCGAUAUGGCGACAAAAGGAGUCAAUGGGCACGCGCAGGAUGCAGCGACAUACUCCAUCCCACACGAGACCAGGAAGGUGUUCCGCGAAGGCAUCCUGAACAACCCACUCAUUGCAUCGUUGCUGCCUGAAGAGAUAGAAGAAUGCGCGCAGAAGGUUGAGUUUGUUGGAACCGACAAGCCCAGCAUUCCCAUCAAUUGGCGGUUUGCAGAGAGCAUCGCAUCCCUCAAAGGCCUCGAAGCAGCCAUGGUCAACGUCCUGUUGAAGCGGAAGUACGAACUCGAACCGCAGAAGGCCAUCAUCAACACGGACCACGCCCAGCUAUUCUUCAUGUCUGUCCUCCUCUGGACAAUCGAUCCAAAGGGAAAGGCCAUCGAUUUUUCCUCCAUCUUCACUCCUGAAGGGAAGGCCGAAUUCGACAAAUGCUUCAAGGACUGCGAUCUCUUUACACGGGAACCAAGUCCGUACCAGAAUUCCGCAACGAACAUCUAUCGCUGCAAGGAUGGUCGCUACUUCCAUAUACAUGGGAGUAUGAAUCCCGCUCCAACGCAGGAUAGCCUUGGGCUUCCGCACUCCAAGGACGUGGCUUCGGUCGAAGACUCCUGGAAACCCUACGAAGAGAGGGUGGCGCAGCUCGACUCAGGUGAGCUGCAGAAACUCGCUAGCGACGUGUACAAACAGGCUGGAACAAUCUGCUGGACCACUGACGAGUACAAGAACAGCGAGCACGGGAAGGCAAACGCUCAUGUAGGCCUAUAUGAGGUACAUCCUGUGAAGAACGCAAAGCAGCCGCCGUGCUGGUGGCCCGAUAUACCCGAAACGUCGGCGUUGCGGCCUCUUGCUGGGCUCAAGGUUGUCGAUCUGACGAGGGUGAUUGCUGCGCCUGCUGUUACGCGCGGUUUGGCAGAGCUAGGCGCCAGUGUUAUGAGGGUGACAGCUUCGCAUAUCACGGAUAUGUCGAUAUUGCAUUGUGAUCUUAGCUGGGGAAAGUGGAGUGCUCAUCUGGACUUCCGGGAAGAAGCAGAUCGGGAGAAACUUCGUGCGCUUAUUCGGGAAGCAGAUGUCGUAGUGCAAGGCUAUCGCCCUGGUGUGCUCGACAAGUAUGGCUUCUCACUCGACGGCCUCCUGGAGCUGACCAAAGACCGUGAGCGUGGCUUGAUCGUGGUCCGAGAAAACUGCUACGGCUGGAAUGGUCCGUGGUCUUACCGAAGCGGCUGGCAGCAAAUUUCGGAUGCCAACGUCGGCGUAUCGAUGGAGUUUGGUCGCGCCAUGGGCAAUGACGAGCCCGUGACUCCAGUUUUUCCUAAUUCAGAUUUCUGUACUGGUACCGCUGGAGUUGUUGCUGUGCUUGACGCCAUCCUUCGACGUGGGGCUGAUGGCGGUUCGUACAAGGUUGACAUUGCAUUGAACUAUUACUCGCAGUGGCUCGUCAACAGCGUUGGCACUUAUCCAACACCCGUCUGGGAAGACGUCUGGUCCCGCAACGGCAAGCAAGUAUUCCGUCACUACCACAAUAUGCAAUACACUUUGGGACGACUCACUGCGAUGCUCAAACAGAAUGCUGGCCCUGUUGUUUUUAAUCCAGAAUUCUUCGAGGUAAGACAUUCAAAAGCGAUUGGAAAAGAUAUAGCGACACCGAAGCCGAUCAUACAGUUUCCGGAGGGUAAGGUACAGCUAAAGUUCAACGUUGGGACAAGAGGAAAUGGGGUCGAUCAGGCGAGGUGGCCGAAGGAUUUGAUGACGGAAGUGGUUGCAUGAUAAGUUACCAUGAUAUGACGUGCCACAACCCACGUAGAUAUGUGACACAGGGGGCCCAUUCAGAAGUGUGCCAUGAGAGACGGAAGGGUUCUGGCCAAAGACGGCGCUGAGAAACCUCUUGUUUGUCCCGCUUUCGCAACGCGCUAGGAAGCCACGCGACACGCUCUCGCGUCUUCACGUGCCCCGGUUGCGUAUUUCGUAUUCCCAAUACCGUGCUGCAACGCACUCCUAAGGCUAGCCCGGCUGCAGACUCGACGAUC